ACAGACGAAAGAGGAGAAUAAAAUGUUGGGAACAGCCUUCUCUGCCAUUUUUCUCACAGCGUUUACCUCAGGUGCUGCUUCAGGGCGUGGACUGCUGCAAUACAAGGUCAGGUACAGCUUGGCGGAUGUGACCAUCUACUGCUUGCCGUCACUGCCCUGCCAGUGUCCGUGCGAGUAUGGCAUCGAGUACCCCAGCAGGUGCGGCAUGUGUGUUUGCCCGUCGUGCGGUACGUGCUCCUCGGCCUGUUACUACAAGGUGAGACCAGGAGAGGCCUGUCCCCGAUGUGCACCGAGUGAAUAUUGUUUCGGUGAAAGCGCAAACUGGCUACACAGACCGAGGUACCGGUCGCAGCUCGUCUCAGCCCACCGGAAAGGACCGGAAAAGCCGAUGCCCUCGCAAAAGCCGAGCCAUCCUGAUGGUACAAAGGAACCGCAAAAACAGAAACCUUCGACAAAGCCGAAGGAACCAAAAAAACCGAAGCCCCACAAAACGCCAAUCAAACUGGAUACGGUCGAGAAAUCGGACGUGCCGUCGGAACCAGAAAAUCCGAUGAAUCUGGAUACACCAGAAGAGCCAAGAAGUCUUAAAGAUCCUGAAAAGCCAAUAGAGUCAGAAAAACCUAAGGAACCAGAAAAACCCCACUAACUGGGAAAAAAACUAUACAUAAAAAAAACCCAGAACACUCGGCGGGCUGAAACCAUAUUUUAUUGGUAAUAACCUAGAGAGACUGCUAUUAAAAGGAGGUUUUAUUUUUAAUAAAUGCACACGAGGACAAUGCGCACGCUG